GAGGGCGGGCGGGAGGAGGGAAAUCGAGCCACGGAGGAGCGGCAAUUGGAGCGGGCGAGGAGGGCGCGAUCGCACUGUAGGGCGGACGUGAAUGGGGCCUUUACCCUAAGUUGUUGAGAAAUUUGAGGUUGAGCGCUUCAUUUGCCCCUGUCCUUUAUUUUUCAACCGGUGCGACGAGAGGAGGAGGAGGAGGAGGAAGAGGAAGCGAGGGAGAGAGCGGCCAAUUGAUCGAUUGGAGGGAGCUGUGGCGCCUUGGAGGAGGCGUGGAGGCGGAGGAGGUCGGGAGCAAGGGCGACGGUGGCUGUUUGCAGAAUAGGUUUGCGAUUGCCCACGACGGUGGCAGGUCUGGCGCGAAUUCGAGGCCUGGAAGACCGAGGCAGCGGCGUGCAGUGGCGGAAGUGGGGCUGGGCGAGCGCACGGCGAAGAACUUCUUAAGCUUUUCAUGUCCAGCGCGCCAGCCUCGCUACCAUCCUCUGCCGCGUCCCCUGAACCGUUUGCGCAGCCACCGUCUGUGAAUCAUGGAGUUUCAGACCGCCUACCCUCAGGCCUUUUCCAAACCCUGCAACUUGACAGGGACCGGAGCGAUCAUGUGGAUCACUCACGACGGGACGGACAGAAGCGAGAGAGACACAAUCGCCGAAAUGGACAAAACUCUCUCAAUCCCCUCGCCCAGGAGUUCGUACCGGGAGGACCCUCUGUCCCAGGUCGUUCGCCCCCCGAUAAUUAUGAGUUGCAAGUUAGGCAGGAUGGUGGACGCCGCAAGGGAGCAAAUAAUGGAUCGUCAUGGCGGUCCAAUGGGAGCCAAGAUGGUACCCACAACCUCAGUGUGAUUUCCAGGGAUGAGGUGAGGAGAAGCAUUUCUGCCCACAGCACUGCCGGAACCUCAAUGGCUGGUUCAAAUGGGCCCCUAAGCACCGCCCCAAAGAAAGGGGGUGGCGGUCGGCAAAAUCAGAGGUCGUCUGGUGCAACAAGAGGCGGUUAUUCAGACACAGUAUCGUCUGCAAUUAGAAUUCACGCCGGACAGGGGUCCACCAGCAAUGCACUCUCGAAUACAGGCUCUACACCUCCAGGAAAUCGGAAAGGUCAGGGGUUCAACGCCAACCACUUACUGAAUUUCCAGUAUGAUCCCAUACCCCGACCGCCGCCACGAGCACCUCCAGUCCGCAGACAUCGGAAAAUACAACCGUAUAACAAAGAGCUUUUCCUGCAGGCAAAUUUCCGAUUUUUAGUCUCUGACUUGGGGGAUUAUAUGCUGAAUACUUCUGAUCCGGAUAAAAUGCUCCAGUGGGAGGACGUUGCAGCUGUAGAUGUCGCAGCUCCAGUGCCGGUUCAGUGUCCCAUUUGCUUAGACUGUCCACCUCUUUGCCCCCAAAUUACCACUUGUGGGCACAUAUUCUGUUUUCCAUGCAUUCUGCGCUACUUGCUGAUGGGGGAUCUUGAUGUGCGUGGUGAUCACUGGAAAAAAUGCCCUCUAUGCUUUGCGAUGAUAUGUUGUAAGGAUCUACGAACGGUGUUGAUAGAUGAUUUAGAGCCGAAGAGUGUUGGAGAUUCUGUUAAAUUUACCCUUCUUAUGCGGGCCAAAGGAAGUAUUAUUCCUUUUGAAAGGACAGAGGUUGCAAGAGGGCCUCUCGCACACAGCAAAGACGGGCAUUGCCAUCUGUUUUCGAAGUUUACACUUACGUCAGAUGCCGAGCCAACGACGAACAGGGCAGUGAACGAGCUUACGACAUGGGCGCAAAGAGUACAAAUAGAAGGAGGCGAGGACCUCGACCUCCUGCCAUAUGUUUUCGUUGCCGUUGACCAGCUUCAGCAGAGAAAGACUGCAUGGACAGAGCACAGGACUACGCAAUUCUUAUCAAGCAGCCCUCCUGUAAGGCAGAGAAUCAUGGCACAAGCAAAAGUUGGGGUUGUGAAGCAGACUUCACAAAAGUCCAGCACCACAGAAAGGAUCGGAGACGUGGAGGGUCUAAAACCUCUGAGUAGAGCAGGUUCUCAGGGAAAGUUUGAACAGGACAAAGUGGAAGACGUAGUUGCCCAGACGGAAAUUGCGAUGGCGGAGCUGAAAGAACGGGCCGGUUGGGUUUACGAAAGUGCGUUUUCUGAUGAUGAGGAUGACGAUGAGACUACAGAGAAGGUGAAGAGUAAGGCUUCAGAGAAGAUAGGAACUAGUGCGCAGAGAAAGGAAAAGAUGAUUGCAUACUCUGGAGACAAAGCAUCUGAUGUUGGGGAAGAGUCACCUGAAGAUCCAGAUAGUGAAUGUGCGAAUACUACCGACGACGGGGCUAAGAAGGAUUCAGAUAGUAAGAGAGAGAUUGAGGAGCGAGACUCGUAUACUUUUUAUCAGUCCGCUGACGGACAGACUCUCAUACUGCACCCUCUGAAUGUUAAAUGUUUACUCCACCAUUACGGAAGCUACGAAGCCCUUCCAGACAGCUUGGAGGCAGAGAUCGUUGAGUUGGAGACUGUUACUCAGACUGAAGCAACAAGAAAGCGUUAUCGUUAUCUUAGUCAUCUGCCUCUGACAGCUGUGUUCCAGCUUUGUGAGGUAGAUUUAAGCGACUGUCUACCCAGCAUUUCACUCAGUCCGUUUGUUGAAGAGCUUCGCAACCGGGACAUGCGUCGGCGCCGCAUAAUCAAACAGGAGAUGGAGCAAAAGGAGUUAGAAGAGAGAUCAGCAGCCGCAGAAGUUGCUGCCAGAUAUGCUCCUCCUUCACCUGCCGAUUUUGCGGCCGUAUUGACAGCUCUAGAAGUCGAUGAAGGGUUCACAAGUGCUGACUUCGAAGAUUCGUUGGCAAACUCACCGGUCACGUCAUGUAGUCCGCCUGAAUACGAGGAUCGCAGACUCUUCUCACGAGUUGCGAAGUUGGGUUUUGCUGCUGGUUAUGAUGCUCCUGUUCUCAAGGGUAGAAAAUCGACAGCAAGUACCUCUUCUUCAGCAUCGCCGAGUACUGCUUCAGCUCGAACUUCGACAGGAACAGGUUCAGCAGAAGCCGGAUCAGCCUCUGGCCAGGGAGUUACAUUCGCGAAUAUCAUACAAGCACAGGCAGCGAAAGCCGCCCAAGAAGAGAUGUCGAAUGGAGGCAACCGUGGUGGUGUAAAGAAGGGUAAGAAAGCCUCCAAGGUUCUUAUGUCCACUGCAGGAGGUCGACGUUAUUAGAUUUGUUGGCUGCUCCAAGUAUAAAAUGUAUAUGCCACAGAAACCUUAGUUCUCUCUAAAGAGUUUGUAUGAUCUUUCAGCCACAUGGUUAUUAAUUUUGAUAAGAAGGUAGGGUAAGCUGGGUGUGAUCCCACUGCCCUGAUCAUUCACCACCGAGAAGUCAUGAAUAUCUCAUGUAAAGUUUUCUCGCGACAAGAAUCAGUAUUUGAUAUGAUUGGGUCUUACAGUGAUGAAGAAGAUCUGGAGUAACCGUUUCCUAAGAGUUUACCAGAGUCGCUAGUUAGUUAACCUAACCAACAUUUUCCAGUGACCACAGUAGCGACGUCAGGAGAUAUCGGUCUCCCCUUCCAUAUCUCGCAAACUCAAUAGGAAGUGUAAUUUAUCCCAAAAAAUGCCUUGAAGAACUUCUUAAAUGCCCUCAAGAACUUCUUAAGGAGGAGAGCAUGCGCCGAAAUUCCUUGAGGUAGUUUCCAUACUGAAGCCAUACCCUCUGGAUGUUGUCGAUUGAUUCUAGCGGGAAGUUUUGGGACAAUUACACCUAAUAAAGGGUCAGAAGCUAAUAGUUUAGAAUGGAUUGUGGUUUUUAUGAUCCAGUAACCUGCAAGCUUUCUUAUUCCGCUAUCCUUUCUGUUCCGUAUAUGAGUUCCGUAUGUUCCGUACAUGUUCCUAUCAAAAAAAUCUCGCAGACACUAUUGAUGUCCUCCGUACCAGUUGCAGACCAAGUUUCUCUAAAUAUACUCGAUUUGGUUCACCACGAUUCUCAAGGCUGGAAGUACAUAUUACUCAUCAAUCUAUUAGGUCAUUAGCACUUUCGAUGAGUGUCCGCGAUAGUUUCAGUAAUAACUAGGAUUUAAACCUGAUUGCUCUCGCCCUUACGAGUUCGUAGAGAUCUCAGUUUGUUGUUGGUGGAAAUUGCCUUCGUCAGUUGCCUGUCUUGUGUGGCAAAAUCAUAUUAAGCUGAAGAACUUGUUUGGAGGUUGAUGAUUCUGAUCUCAUAUCAUUGACUUCUAGCGUAGUAUGUCUGGUUGGUGCGGCUGACUUGUGUUUGACUUUCGCGGAGUGUGUGUCACAUUUCCGAGGGAUGUUUCGAAAAGGUUGUCUAUUGGAUCGGUGAACAGACCAGACCGUACACGAAAAAAAGAAAGUAAAACAUAUGGAGCACACCAGGUGGACGAAACACGUGAGACUUGUGUCAAAGAGCAUCGCAUCCAAGAUGUUAAAAUUUGCCCGAUAGAACAGUCCAUGUUUUACAGUUCAUUUGAAGAAAUAUCAUCGCGAUUGCCGGUGGAGGGAUUAUAUUGCCAAGUCUUUCGGUGUAUAACAAUUAUGUACUGUAUUUUUUAGAUACUGCAAACAGUCACGCAGUAUUCCAAAGAAGUUAUUUUUUAAUGUAAAUUUACAAAAACUUUCAGUUGUUUUAAUUUGAACUUAACAGAACAAAGGCGUAAAUAGAAGAUUUACAUAUGUACUGAUAUACAGUCCACGUGGACUUGACUUGUACACGAAUGAACUGACCUUGCUUCAGAUAGAAUUAGCCUUGAAAUUUUGAAUGUUGAUCCCUUGAUGAAUUGGAGGUUUCAGAUUGCUUAGCAA